CUAACGGGGCAACGACUGGAGGGGCAGGCGCGACCGGGAUGCUCCACCGAGUCCGACUUCGGGCCCGAAAACACCAUCACGAAAAACCUCAUUCAAGAAUCCCAUUCUGUGGCCCGUGAGCUGGCGAAACAUUGGCAUUGCAUUUGAAGCGGUCAGACACACCAUGGACUCCUUCAUUAUCAAGACGCCCUCAUCGAGCGCCAACAUUGGCCCUGGCUUCGACGUCAUUGGCCUCGCGCUCUCCAUCUACCUGGAACUCCACGUUACUGUUGACCGAACAAAGACGUCUUCCAAUGAGCCGCUGAACUGCAAGGUCACCUACGAGGGCCAGGGCGAGGAUUCUGGAGACAUCGACUUGGACCCACAGAAGAAUCUGAUCACACGGGUUGCGCUCUAUGUCCUGCGCUGUCACGGACAGAGGUCUUUCCCAGUCGAGACGCAUGUGCACAUCAAGAACCCCAUACCUCUGGGCAGAGGGCUGGGCAGCUCAGGAGCAGCGGUUGUCGCGGGUGUGGUGCUAGGCAAGGAGGUAGGAGGGCUGAACCACCUGACGGACGAGCGUCUAUUCGACUACUGUCUCAUGAUCGAGAGGCAUCCCGACAACGUGGGCGCUGCCUUGUUCGGUGGCUUUGUUGGCACCUAUCUCAAGCCCUUGAGCCCCGAGGACACAGCUCGCACCGAGAUCCCUCUGAGUGAGGUUCUGCCAGCACCAGCUGGUGGCGUCGACACGGGCGAGACACCCCCUGACCCGCCCCACGGCAUUGGGCAUCACAUCAAGUUCCCCUGGACCAAGGAGAUCAAGGCCAUCGCCAUCAUCCCCGACUUUGUCGUCCCCACACACAAGGCCCGCGAGGUACUGCCCGAGAAGUACGUGCGACCCGAUGUCGUCUUCAACUUGCAGCGCAUAGCUCUGCUGCCGGUAGCGUUGGGCCAGUCGCCACCUGACCCAGAACUCAUCCAUCUCGCGAUGCAGGACAAGAUUCAUCAGCCAUACCGCCAAUUGCUGAUUCCAGGUCUCAAUGAGAUUGUGGAUAGCAUGUCGCCCAAGAAGGACCCUGGAUUCCUGGGCGUAUGCUUGUCCGGCGCAGGCCCCACGAUUCUGGCACUGGCUACGCACGAUUUUGAGACCAUUUCCGGGAAGAUUAUUGCCAAAUUGAGAGAGUUUAACGAUGACAAGAAUCUCAAGUGCGAAUGGCAGGUGCUGGAGCCUGCUGAGGGUACCAAGGUUAUCAGGGCCUGAGGUCUGGGCUCAAUAAUGAUGUUAUGAUUCUAUAGACACCAAAGAUCUACCAUGUCGAGACCAAAAGACUUGCUAUUCGAAGUAUUCGGGUACUGCUAGACGUGCGUCGGGCCACUUGGACUGUUUGUACCGCCCUUUCGUCAUUCCGUCUCCAACAACUUGUAAUCAACAUUGGUUGGGAGACAGGGCAGUAUGGCCACGUAUUUUUGAUACAGGCGCUGUGCCUAUGAUUUAGACGGCUUCCUUUCAAUCUGAGGCCAAACAAAAACGCUUGAGAUGUAGUAGUUAGUAGACAAAUGUUGACCCAGGGGCCAGGGGCAGAGUGGCCAAUUUGUUGAGAUCUAUAUCUGCCCUACCCUAGAGUCGAUUUAGGUACCUUACCCUGAUAGAUCAACAGAUCUACGGCUGGU